CUUUACUCAUAUUUGCAUAUCAUACCGACGCUCGCUGUUUCUGUCGCAACUUACUGUGUCACUUGGCAUUUUGCGACCCAACAACGCGCAGCACGAUUUUGUGCCGAUGCUUGGUGUAAAACAUUUAGAAAUGCAUUAGAUAACUAGGUAAGCUUUCUCCGACAAUACCUAAAGGCUCCGUGUGAGAGGGACGCAUGGACUUGCCCCCGCCCCGCGCUGGCUUCGGCCUUCAGCGGGAAAUGGCGGAAAUGAAAGCAGAGGAUCCCACAAAGUCCUCAGUACAUCCGCAAAGCGCGCCUGUGCGGAAGGAUUCAGGUCCUCGUCGUGUGUCGUUUGAUGCGCCCCCAACGCCAUCGGCCGCUGCGCCCGCUGCCCCGGCCAGCCCUUACGGCCCCAGCUGCGCGGCCUCGCUCUCUGGCGACGCCUCUCUGGCGCCCGCUCCAAGCCUCGCACCCGCGCCCGUGCCCUCACCCGCGCCCAUGGCUUUGCCGCCGCGGGGCCCGUCGCUCGAUCUACCACCCCCGCCGUCCACAAGCGCCUGGCGCAGCCCUCCCGCACCUGCCUCCGCACCUCCACCACCACCAGCAACACCAGCAAUACCAGCAACACCAGCUGACCUGGAUGCGUCACUGCGACUGGCGCCGCCGGCGUCGCCGCCCGCGCCGCCGUCGCGCGGAACCAGCAUGGCCGGCUCGGAAGCCUCCUUCACAAUGGCGCCAGCAGCGGGCGCGGCCGCGGGGGCUGCAGGGGGAGGAGGCGGCAGCCUGAACGCCAGCAUGCGGAGGACGAAGCGGCGGCACGCGGCGGCGGCGGCCGCCGCCUCCGGCGGCUCCGUUCUCGGCCCGGCGCCGGUGCCCGUCUCCGCACUCGCGCCGCCGCCAGCAUGGGGCACAGCUCCGCCGCCGCAGGGCAUGCCGCAGGGUAUGCCGCCGGGUGCGCCGGCGGACGCGGCAGCGGCAGGCGGGGCGCCGGGGGCAGCGGCAGGAGCGGGAGCGGGAGCGGCAGGAGCCAUGCCGGCGCCGAUGGGUCCGGAGGGGUCGAUGGGAGCGCUGCAGCCGCAGCGGGGCGGGCCGUCGCCCUUUGUCUCCGCACUGGCCGAACCAGGCACAAUGGCUGCGGUGAUGGGCCUGGACCCAGCCGCCGCCGCCGCCGCCGCCGCCGCCUUUGAGCCGCCGCCGCCGCCACCCAUCUGUGGGCCGCUGUACACAAAGCCCAUCCCGCCCAAUGUGCUGGCCAUCACCGUAGAGCGAUCCGAGGCCCUGCGCCACGACCCGCUGCUGACCAACCCGGUGAUCCGUGUGCACUGCGUGGACGCUGACAGCGGCGCCUACCUGGCCACACUGGAUGACCCCAGCCUGGGGCCGCUGGACCCCAUACGCCAGGAGCAGCUGCUGGAGUUCGUGGGGCGGCCCGCGCAGGUGACUUCUGGCAACUCCUCCGACUACCCGGUGCCCGCCCUGCAGCGCUACAUCCCGCCCGUGCAGACACAGCCCUUCGACCUGCUCAGCAGGCCAGAGGCCCGCACGCUGGCUGCCUGGGAGGAGACGCUGCUGGUGGAUGAAGCCGUGGAGCGCCUCAUCGCGCUGGACCCACUGCUGCUGUUCGAGGUGCUCCAGCCGCCCGUCAGCUUCCAGCGCUUCCGCAAGCACGAGCGCGCCUUCGACCCCGCGGACGGCUCCCACCUGGUCGCAUGGGGCUUCCUGAGGCCCGCGGGGCCGCCGCCGGCCGCCGCGGGGGCGCCGCGCCAGCCGCUGCUGGGGCGGCUGAAGCUGCAGCUGUACAAGUACAAGCGGGACAUCACCGCCGCCACGCACGUGGGUGCGGACAGCCCCGGUCGCUUCAACUUCCUGCGCCGCUCCAGCCCCGCCGGCCCGGGAGCAGGCCAGCAGGCCGCAGGUGGCGGCGGCGGCGGCGGCGGCGGCGGCGGCAUGUGGGCGCCUCCCCAGGCUGCGGGCGUCAUGAACGCCGCCAGCCGUGCCUACCUGAACUGGAAGGCGCUCAUGGCUGUGGGCGGCGCCGCUGUGGUGCCCAAGUACAAGUCCGCCAUCACCGUGGUGCUGCAGGCCGUGCCUCGCCCCCCGCCCGAGGUGGUGGUCACGGAGCCGGCCCGCGGCAUCCGGCCCUACCUGCCGGCCGGGUACGGCAGCGGCUUCGAGACCAGCCGUGUGCCGCUGUCUGCCUACCUGGGCGGCGAGGGCGGCGGCGGCCUGGGUCUGGGUCUGGGGCAGGCGGCGGAGGACCUGAGCAAACACCCGCUGUACCGGCCCAUCACAGAGCCAUGCAGGAUCCCCAACACGCCGCUGCGUGAGCUGCCCGGCGGCCCCGCGGGCGUGACGUGCCUGGCCUUCAGCGGCGGCGGCACCUACCUGGCCCUGGCGGCGGCGGGCAGCCCCACCGCACCCGGGCCCGGCGGCAGCGACAGCUUCAAACUGUGCAUCUACAAGACACUCACGGGCGCGCUGGUCAAGACCAUCCACGGCGCCCACAGCGGCUUCAUAUACGACCUGGCCUGGGCUCGCGGCGACACCGCCAUCAUCUCCGCCUCCGCCGACUGCACUGCCAAGAUCUGGGAGCUCAACCCCGCGGCGGCGGCCGAGGCCAUGGCGGCGGCGGAGGCGGCGGCAGCCGCCGCCGAGGCGGCGGCGCUGGCCGGCGGCGGCGCCGCCGCCGCCGGCGCCGCCGGCGCGCAGGCGGCUGACGCCGCCGCCACGGCGGCCGCCGCCGCGCCCCGAAUGAACCUACUGGCGACGGUGAAGCCGGGCGCGUCGGCAUCGCCGGCGCAGCACGCGCCGCCGUCGGCGGCGCCGACGGCGCCGGCAACGCCUAACGCCAGCUUCACCACACAGCGUGGCGGCGGCGGCGGCGGCCGGUACGGCCGCCCGGCGGCAACGGCUGGCGGCGCCCAAACUGGCGCCCCGGGUACGGCAAGUGUAAUGCUGGCGGGCGGAAAGGCGGGCGCCGCCGCCGGCCUACCGCCCGCCACCGUACUGCGGCACGCGUGUUAUGUGUACAGCGCGCAGUUUCAUCCCGUACAGAAGCAGGGCAGUGCGCUGGUGGCGACGGGCGCGUACGACGGUACGGUGCGGCUGUGGCGGCGGUACACGGGGGAGCUGCUGGCGGCCGUGAAGACCCAGUCGGGUGCCAUCAACAGCCUGUGUUUCGACAAGCUGGGCACACGCCUGUACUCCGGCGACAGCGCGGGAGUUCUGCAGGAGUUCAGCUGCGACGUAAACAAGGGCGCGGAGGCGGCGGCGGCAGCGCCGGGCGCCACCAACCUCAAGGCCUCUGCCAUCACCACCGGCGGCCCCGGUGGCGGCGGCGGCGGCCUCAACGCGACCAUGAUGUCCGCAACCCUGCGUCCGCGCGCCGGCACCGGCGCCGGUGGCGUGAACCUGAACGCCAGCAUGCUGCCGAGGAACUUCAACGCGUCGUUUCGGCCCUCCGCCACCGCCACCUCCACCGCCUCCAGCGCAACUGUGGCCAACGCGGCGGCGGGCGCGGCGGCGGCGGCAGGUGGCGGCGGCGGCGGCGGCGAUGCGGCGGCGGCGGCGAAUCUGAAUGCGACCAUGGCGUCAACAGCGGCGAGUGUGGCGGACGCGGCGGCGGCGGCGGGCGCGGCGGCGGCGGCCAACAUUCUACGCGUGCUGCGCCAGUGUGACGAGUUCGACGGCGAGCCUCUGGCGCACGUGUUCUUGCACCCCAGCGGCCGCCGGCUGGGCGUGCUCACCAAGCGCUCGCGGCUGCUGGUGCUGGAGACGCGCGGGCUGAGCCGCGCGGAGCAGUUCUACGGCGUGCGGUGCCGCGAGGCGCCGCUCAAGGCGGCGUUCAGCCCAGACGGUCGUUACCUCGUGUGCGGAAGCGAGGACGGGCGUGUGUGUGUCUGGGACGCGGACGGCGGACCGCCCACCCUGCUGCCGCACUGCAGCCUGGGGGGAGACACCAUCUACCAGGUGGCCUGGAACCCCCAGUUCCAGGUGGCGGCGGUGUGCUCCUUCGCCUCCUGGGCGCCGGUGCUGCUGGCGGCGUACGACAGCCGGCUGCCCGACGUGGCACUAACCCUGGGGCACAAGAACGGGAUGGAGCUCAUGGGCCGGGAGCACAGGACGGCCGACACCGCUCUGCGGCGGCGCUGGGACGUGCCGGACCGCCUCACUCCCGAGUUCCUGCGGCUCAUGCUACAGGACAUCCGCAGGGACGCGCACGAGCGCGGCAUCCUGGGUGCCCCCGGCGACCCCCACGGCGACAAGCUGGUGGUGCCCCUCAGCCGCCAGCAGCAGCAGCAGCAGCAGCAGCAGCAGCAGCAGCUGCGGGCCAGCGCACCCGCAGGCGCCGCAGCCGCAGGAGCGGCAGGCGCGCAGCAGCAGCAGCAGCAGCAGCAUCUGGAGCUGCCCGGCUCCCGCUUCGCGGCGGCACCGGGUGGCGGCGGCAGCGGUGGCGGCGGCGGGGGCGAGGAUGACGCGGCGGCGGCGCGGGCGGCGCAGUCAGCGGUGGCGAAAGAGCUCCUGCACCGCUCCAUGCGGGGCGGCGCCGCCAGGCCCAAGACGGCGCCGCCGGCGUCGGCGGCGGCGCUGGGCCUGCCGCCGCCGGCGUUCAAGGACGCGCCGCCGACGGCGCCGCCGCCGCCGCCGCUGCAGGAGUAUGCGUGGAACCAUCCGCAGCCCACGGCGGCGGGGGCGGUUGACACGAUGGCGCGGCCGGCGGUUGGCGGGAUCAAGGAGGACCAACUGCCGCCGGCGCGGUACGGCAGCAGUGAGGGCCUGGCGGCGGCUGGCGGCGGCGGCGGCGGCCGCGGCGCUGCGUGGUCACCCGGAACGCCGCAGCAGUCGGCGCGUGAGGGGACUGGGCACACGCAGGCCAGCUUCUACCCCCAGCGCCCCGCCGCAGCUGCGCCUAUGACCGCACAGCAGCAGCAGCAACAGGCGGCCUUUCAGCAGCAGGCGGCUUACCAACAGCAGCAGCAGGCGGCCUUUCAGCAGCAGGCGGCGCUGCAGCAGCAGCUGCUGCUGCAGCAGCAACAGCAGGCGGCGGCGGCGCAGCAGCAGCAGCUGGCGGCGCAGCAGCAGCAGCAGGCGCUGGUGCAACAGAAGCUGCAGCAGGCAUACGGCACACCAGGACCGGCUGCUACUGCCGGCAUGCAGUAUGCACAGCCAUACCAGCAGCCGUACCAGCAGCAGCAACAGCAGUACGCACAGCAGUACCAACAACCGCAACAGCAGCAGUACGCACAGCCGUACACAGCCGCUGGCAGCGCGUACGGCAGCGGUAGUAGCGCUGGCGGCUACGGCAGCUACAGCUCCCCCACGGCGGUGGCGGCGCCGGGGAUGGUGGGCGCGCCCGUCACGCCGCAGCAGCAGCUGCAGCAGGCGGCGGCGUGGCAGCAGCAGAUGCGGCAGCGCGCCUACUGAGCCCUCCGCUUCGUUGAGGGCUUAGUGGGGCUGCCUGCAAUCCGGUGGUGUGAGGGCAGCCGUGUCGCGAAGGUGGUGCCUUCAGUGAUUUGCAAGUGUUUUAUUCCUCACAGUGUUUUUAUGGUAAGAGCCUAAGAGGGGUAUCCUGUGCGUCCCAGCAGGGGCGCAAGGGGGAAUGCUGCGCAGGUGUAGGCAAUUUUGGAUGAGACCGAUGCGCAGUGUUGGCGUGUUCUUUUCAUCUGCGGUGAUGGACGCAACCACGUGACAAGUCUUCUUGCCAACAUAGGCUUGCGCGGCAACAGUGUCUUUUACUUUCCUCGUUGCGGACCUGUGACUUCAUCCUCUGUUUGACUUACACGCAUAGACACAACGUUAGACCCAUACGUUGUGAUGUGCAUACGGUAUAGCUUGCUCGGUUACUCCCCUACAUUUGCUUGGCCCAACUUGACACCUGGGCAACAUGCAGCCCUGUCACUCUUCCGAUUGAUUCUUACCCACCAUUCGAAGUCAUCAUUAGCUAGCGACGGCUGUUAGGCGUGCGUCAUAGGCGACUUCCAUUAAACGGAGUGCAGGUUGAGCGCGCGGAAAGAUUCUUGGGGACAUGGGGCGUCACGGGCGUUGCGGCUCGUGAGGUUCUUAUUUGCUGGUGUGCGGUGUUUGGUCAUGCCUUUCCCUGCCUUCUGCACAUGCCAUGAUACUAGUUAUUGUGAAGCGCUCCGGAAGAGCUUGUAGUGAUCAGUCAGGGCCGGUGUGAGCUGCAUGCUCCGGCUUUGGGGCGGGGGGUGUUUAAGGGCCAGGCCGUGCGUGGGCCGACCGCUGCUUGUCUGCCUGCUACCGAGCUUGCGGCGUGCAGCUGCGUGCAGCGAAGUAUGCUGGACACAUGAUUGCUUAGAGGCACAUAGCGGUGCUUAGAAUGUAAUGGACUUAUGUAAUUCACUUUACGUGUGUCUGCUGCGUCCGAAGCCGGGAUGUGUCGUCAGCCUGGGGGCAACGGAGGAUUGUGUGUGUCGCAGUCCCUCCGUGCCCAUGCCCUCCCACGGACCAAGCACAGGCACCCUGCUCCACGCCAGGACUAUUACACGAAAUUGGUUGCGCCUGGGCAGUGCUACCAACGUUGGCUGCUCUGGGUUAAAUCUAAGAGCCUGUGGUGCGUAGGUCAACUCGACAUGCCGUGCGACAUGCCAUCUUCCUCAGAAGUAGCCUGCGAAUGUAGGAAUGGCUUCUAGUGUAAGAGGUAUAGCAA